CUCCACGGGUUCGAUAAACUCGCAGUGCGUCCGAUAGCAUCAGUGAUGGAAUGUGAAUGUCCUCAUCGUGCCGAUCACUGUUAACACGGGUCCUCCUCGCAUGGUGAUCGUACUGCAGUUUCAAAAGCCUUCCUGAUCCUCCGUCCGCUUGGACCUACAAUGAUAAGCAGGGAAAGUGUUGCUGAGGGCGGUGGAGACCCCCAGCCCAGUGGUCUGCUGGAACCCGUGAAGAAUACACACUUACCAGGCAAGCCAACGUCGUCGGGCAGCGGCCACUCUCUCUUCGGGGAUAUCAACCCUAAAGUGACUGCUAACGGUGUGCAUGAUAUUGAAGAUAGGAUUCUGAGGAUCACUGGUUACUAUGGCUAUUACCCAGGAUACUCUAGUCAUAGAAGAGAGGAAGGGUCCGACUCCCACGCAGAGACACCGGGCAGCGAGGCCAGCGUGGAGAGCAAGGCCUACCAGACCUGUGCCAGCACCGUCCUGAAGGUCCUGGGGGGUCUGCUGGUGGUGCUGUGCAUCUCCUCCUCCUGGGUGGGCACCACGCAGGUGGUGAAGCUCACCUUCCAGUCCUUCUCCUGCCCUUUCUUCGUCUCCUGGUUCAGCAGCAACUGGAACAUCCUGUUCUUCCCCAUCUACUACUCCACCACCAUGGUGACCACCCGGGAGAAGCAGAGCCCCAUCCAGAAGUUCAGGGAGUGCAGCAGGCUCUUUGGAGAGGACGGGAUGACCCUGAAGAUCUUCCUGAAGAGGACGGCGCCCUUCUCCAUCCUCUGGACCCUGACCAACUACCUGUACCUGCUGGCGCUGAGGAAGCUCACCGCCACCGAUGUCUCCGCCCUCUACUGCUGCCACAAGGCCUUCGUCUUCCUGCUGUCCUGGAUCGUCCUCAAAGACCGCUUCAUGGGGGUCCGGAUUGUGGCAGCGAUAAUGGCCAUCACAGGCAUUGUCAUGAUGGCCUAUGCCGAUGGUUUCCAUGGUGAUUCCUUCGUGGGAGUGGCCUUGGCUGUGGGCUCCGCCUCCACGUCGGCUCUCUACAAGGUGCUGUUUAAGAUGUUCCUGGGCAGUGCCAAUCUAGGAGAGGUGGCUCAUUUCCUGUCCACCAUGGGCUUCUUCAACCUGAUCUUCAUCUCCUGCGUGCCCCUCAUCCUGUACUUCACCAAGGUGGAGCACUGGGGGUCCUUCUCCUCCCUGCCCUGGGGGUACCUCUGUGGCCUGGCCGGGCUGUGGCUAGUGUUCAACAUCUUGGUGAAUGUGGGUGUGGUCCUGACCUACCCCAUCCUCAUCUCCAUUGGAACCCUGCUCAGCGUUCCAGGAAACGCAGCGGUGGACGUGCUGAAGCACGAGGUGAUCUUCAGCGUGGUGCGCCUGGCUGCCACCUGCAUCAUCUGCCUGGGCUUCCUGCUGCUGCUGCUCCCCGAGGAGUGGGACUCGGUCACGCUGCGCUUCCUGGCCAACAUCGCCGAGAAGAAGUCGGACCAGGACCACGGCGAGGAGCUCACAGAGUCCAGUGUGCACACGCGCAGCCGCAGCCGGGCCAACGGCGCCGUCUCCAUACCGCUGGCGUGAGGGCGGAGCCCGCACGCCUGCUACUGUUAACCGCCCACCUUGCCUUGCAUUGAAGCUCUCUGUCUGAAAUCUUUGAAUGAAAAAGCCCCCGUCUUGCUUCUCCAUGGCCACACACACACGUAGCGAGAGAGAGAGAGAGAGAGAGAGAGAGAGAGAGAGAGAGAGAGAGAGAGAGAGAGAGAGAGAGAGAGAGAGAGAAAGGCGAGAAGUUCUCUGGCAGGGCGAGCGCACACGCGCGCCCGCGAGAGACAGGUCCGCAGAAAGACGGCUGAGACUAAAGUACUGAACCUUUAACUGUGACUGGUUAAUGAGAAACCUUGUUGUAGUCGGGGGAGGGGGUGGUCUCCCUGGCACGCCCCUACCUCCAGGAGAAGGAGAGAUAUAAAUAAAAUGAACGUUAAUGCUAGAUUAAAAAGGGUCGAAAGUAUCUUUUUUUUACUUUCUUGAACUGGCUAUGUCAAGUCCCGCACGUACCGGAAACACACAGACCUGAUUGGCCGUGACGCAGCUUCUCAGACUGUAUUCUGUGAAUAUCAAUAUUGGCAGGGCCUCUUUGGCUCAAUUUUAUCUGUAUUUAUUGAAUUGACUAGGAGGUAAACGAUUAUUUAAAAUGUGCGUGUAAUUAAAUAGUAUUAUAUAAGAAUGGGAAUUAUAACAUUGCAAAUGUACAGGAUCUUUUUGUUUUCUAAUAAAAGACUGAAGACACACAACUAUA